UAUUUUUGUGGUCUUCCAUUCUCCAUUAGCUGUACGGUUCUCUCCUGCUUCUUCUUCUUCUCGAUCUCUCCCUCCUUCUCUUCAACAAGACGCGCCGUUUUCUCGCAGAUUCAUACUAUCUUUAUUUCUUAUUUAUUUAGUUUCUUUUUUUCCAUAGCUGUUUUUUUGUUGUUCGGGUUGGACUGUGAAUUGUGAAUUUGUGACGCUUAUUUUUAUUCAUAAUUUUCUACGCUUUUACCCGUAUAUAUUAUAUAUAUAGAUAGAUUCAUUUUUGUAAAUCGAGAGAGGUUUUUUUUUCCCCUUCCGUGGUUCUUCGGUGAUCUGUAUCUUGAGUGAACCCGAGCUUUGAGGCUCGGGGAACACGGGAUCCGAAAAGCUAAUGGCAGCCGAGAAUUGCAGUGAUGGUGGACAAGAUCCGAAUCCUUGCUAUUUGCAGAAAUUCAGACUCUACGAGACUCGCUCGAACUUCUAUAUGGUUGGAAGAGACAAGAGCGGAACUCUUUGUAGGAUUUUAAAGAUUGAUCGAUUAGAUCCUUCUGAACUAACUGUUCUUGAAGACUCCACCACAUACCCAGAAAUUGAAUGCUAUGAUCUGUUAAGACGGAUACAUGAAGGAAACAGGUCCACAGGCGGACUUAAAUUUGUUACAGCUUGUUAUGGAAUCAUUGGGUUUAUAAAAUUUUUGGGACCUCAUUACAUGCUGCUGAUUACAAAACGAAGGAAGAUUGGUGCAAUUUGUGGCCAUACCAUCUAUGCCAUUUCCAAGACCCAGAUGAUAACGAUUGGCAAUUCUCCUGUCCAGUCAAAUAUGGCUUAUUCUAAGAAUGAAAAAAGAUACAAGAAGCUCCUGUGCUCAGUGGAUCUUACAAAGGACUUCUUUUUCAGCUACUCAUACAAUGUCAUGCAUAGCCUUCAAAGAAAUUUAUGCAAGAACGAGACAGGACUAUUAAACUAUGAAACAAUGUUUGUCUGGAAUGAGUUCUUAACUCGAGGAAUUCGGAAUAAUCUCAAGAAUACUCUGUGGACUGUUGCACUGGUGUAUGGCUUUUUCAAGCAGGUCGAACUUUCUGUAUCUAGCAGGGAUGUUAAGUUAACUCUCAUUGCAAGGCGUUCUCGACAUUAUGCUGGAACAAGAUAUUUAAAACGUGGUGUGAAUGAGAAAGGUAGAGUAGCAAAUGAUGUUGAGACGGAACAAAUUGUGUUUGAAGAUGUUCCCGAAGGAUGCCCCACACAAAUAAGUUCUGUCGUGCAGAAUAGAGGCUCCAUCCCACUUUUCUGGUCCCAAGAAACUUCUCGCUUGAAUUUGAAACCUGACAUCAUAUUAUCAAAGAAGGAUCCAACUUAUGAGGCCACAAAACUACAUUUUGAAAAUCUUGCAAGGAGAUAUGGAAAUCCAAUAAUCAUAUUGAAUUUGAUAAAGAGGUGUGAGAAGAAACCUCGGGAAACUAUUCUUCGUUCAGAGUUUGCUAAUGCCAUCAGAUAUAUCAAUAAAAGUUUAACCAAGGAGAACCGUCUGAGGUUUCUUCACUGGGACAUAAACAGACACUCCAGAAAAGCUACAAAUGUGUUGGAACUUCUAGGCAGAGUAGCUGAUUAUGCAUUAAACUUGACGGGUAUCUUUUACUGUCAAGUAACACCAAAUUGUAGACCAGAGGGGUUGUUGGAUUUAACUUGCGUACUGCAAAAUGAUGAGCACUUUGCUCAGAUCCCUUGUGACAAAAGUGAUGAUGGUGAGAAGUUGGACAUAGAUGUUGGUAGUGAUAAUCAGAGUUCUACUGAGACUGUAAAGCCCCCCAUGUUCCAGACCGGAGUCCUUAGAACCAAUUGCAUCGACUGUCUAGAUCGUACUAAUGUUGCCCAAUAUGCCUAUGGAUUAAUGGCUCUUGGGCGCCAGCUCCAUGCUAUGGGGUUCACAGAAUCCCAAACUAUUGACCAAAGUAGUCCUUUGGCCGAAGAUUUAAUGGGAGUUUAUGAAAAAAUGGGUGACACACUUGCUCUACAAUAUGGUGGCUCUGCAGCACACAACAAGAUAUUUUGUCAAAGAAGAGGUCAAUGGCAAGCAGCAACUCAGUCACAGGAGUUAUUUAGAACUUUGCAACGUUACUAUAGCAACGCAUACAUGGAUGCAGAGAAGCAAAGUGCAAUUAAUUUGUUCUUGGGUCACUUUCAGCCACAACAGGGUAAACCAGCACUAUGGGAGUUGGAUUCAGACCAACACUACAGCGUUGGAAGGCAUGGCCCUAAUCUUCUUAACGAGGAUGCAAGGACAUCUAUUAAAAGAUCAAUGUCUGAUGGCAACAUCCUUUGUGGAACUGACUCUCCCAUGAGUGCUUCAAAUGUUAGACAGGAGUCUGAAAAUAGAGGCGAAGCUAUUUCAGAGUCCACUCAUGAAAUGCCAGCUUAUGGCAUUUCUUAUUCCAGGUUUACUCCAAGAAUGUCUUGUAGGCAACUUUUUGGAGAGAUUGAGGACCAGUUUCUUGGAAGUAAUCGCAUAUGUUACGAAAACGGAGAUGAAUGUAAUUGUACCAAUUUUGAUAUGGACUGGCUUUCUUCAUCAGGAAAUUCAUGUGAUGAUGAUGUGUAUGACAGCUGCAGGUCUGCCGCGGGCCUAUCCUCUGAAAAUAUUGGUGCUGAACUAAAAACUGGCAUGACCACAUCUCCAAGUGAGUCUGGUUCAAACAUAAAGGUAGGAGAGCGCAGUGCGUCUGAAGUGACUUGUGAUGGUCUUAUGGAUGAAUAUUCUGAGAGCUUUGUGAAUUGGGUAACGCAUGGAGAUUUGCUUAUUCCAGUAAAGUUUACUUGCCAGUAGUUGUAGUUCCAUGAGUAGAAUUUAUUUAAACUGCAAUUACAGCCAAAUUGAAUCCAUCCGAAGGAUGUGAGUUGAUUUCAAAAUCAAAAUAAGUGGCUGAAGAUAUACAAGAGGUAAGUGGGGGUACCUGAUAUCACAGCGUAUGGGAGGGGGAAAAAGCAUUAAAUUUUAGCUGUUGUAAAUGGGUGCCAAUACCAUGGCUGCUAAUUCAUUUUUGGAGCUCUCUGACGGCCUCAAUCUACAAAGAAAAGGAUUAAAAAAAAACACCCAAUAUAGGCUUCCAAGUUCUUAAGGUUGUAUAUAUUUCAUAAAUAGAUAGAUGCCCGUCUGGUCUGAUUGAGAGCUUCAACAUUUUGUUAUGCCUGUAUUUCCUUAUUACUCUUUUAACUUAUUUUUCAAAGUACAUGAUGCACAUUCACAAAUAUAUCUUCAUUUUUUUUUGACC